CGCAUAUCGGUCAUUUCAAUGAAAUUGAAUAGUUCUACCCGAGUUGAUGGGAAAUUGCUCAUUUAACCCGCCCUGGCCCGUGAACAUCUUUCCUGGAAGGAUACCUCUGUUCCCUCGCGCUCUAGCGCUAGCACCUCUGGCUAGUGCAGAAACAGCUGGCAGCCAUUACCGCGUUACGUUAGGCCAUUCGACAACAGUGUGAAGCAGCAAGCCUCCACAACGCCCAUUGCGGGGUAACGAAUUCUACUUUCACAGUUAGAGAGCAUUCCUGCAUCUGGAAGCCUUAGACUGUAGACUAUAGACGUUCCCAGGCGCCGGGAUUCGUAAUGAAAGUAGCAACUAGGAGAUUGGGUCGCCUUGCGGACUUCGCCCGUCCAACUGUCUUGGCGUAUACCACUGGCUACCUGUGUGCUAGCAGCGCAAUCAGGGGUUGUAGUGCCUAUGGCUUUCGAGCUUUUCGAACCUCAUCCCACUUACUCGAUGAUCAUCAUGUAGUCAAAAGUGAGAGCAUCAGGAAAGAACCCCCUUCGAUCAAAGCCAUCCCCUACUCCUCCCUCACUAUCGGCGUCCCACGCGAAUCGCGAUCUUUCGAGCCCGAGCGACGGGUUGCCAUCACUCCCCAAAACGUCACAUUGCUCAAGAAGAAGGGUUUCUCACGAAUCUUAGUUGAAUCUGGGGCAGGGGACCUCGCCCAAUUCAGCAACUCCGAGUAUGAAAAUGCUGGCGCUGAGAUCGUGGCUACAGGGACUGACUUAUUAGGUGCUCGGAUAUCUAUCAAGGAGAGUAGCAAUGAAGUCGUUGCUCUUAAAACCGGUGCGACCGUCAUUUCGUUUGUGUAUCCCAAGCAGAACGAGGCUCUCGUGAAGGCUUUCCAAGAUUCAAAGAAAGAUUUGAACGUCUUCGCGAUGGAUCUCAUCCCUAGAAUAUCCCGGGCCCAGGCUUUUGAUGCGCUAAGCUCAAUGGCAAAUAUUGCUGGGUAUAAGGCCGUAUUGGAGGCUUCAAAUCAUUUUGGCCGCUUCUUCACUGGUCAAGCUACCGCUGCUGGCAAGAUCCCUCCCGCUAAGAUGCUAGUCAUCGGAGGUGGAGUGGCGGGCCUGUCCGCAAUAGCGACGGCUCGCCGGAUGGGUGCUAUUGUGCGAGGCUUCGACCCACGUCCUGCGGUUCGGGAGCAAGUGGAAAGCCUUGGUGCAGAAUUUUUAGAGGUCCAAGGGAUCAAGGAGGAUGGAAGUGGGGUCGGAGGAUACGCUAAAGUUAUGUCCAAAGAAUUCAUCGAAGCAGAAAUGGCUUUGUUCCUGGAGCAAUGCAAGGAAGUGGAUAUUGUUAUUAGCUCAGCUCUGAUUCCUGGGAAGCCUGCGCCAAAACUCAUUACAGAGGAGAUGAUUAAUGUUAUGAAACAAGGUUCAGUCAUCGUUGACCUUGCAGCGGAAGCAGGGGGCAACUGUGUAGCUACUAAACCCGGCGAGCUAUAUGUACAUAAGGGUGUGACCGUCAUCGGUUACACUGACUUACCCUCGCGUUUGCCUACGCAAUCUUCUACCUUGUAUUCCAACAAUAUCACCAAAUUCCUCUUGUCAAUGACUGACCCAGGUGCACCUGACUUGAAGGCCCUCGCGUUCAGCCUCGAGGACGAGGUAGUUAGAGGCUCAGUUGUGAUCAAGGAUGGAGAACUACUUUUUCCACCACCUGCACCAGCCCAAGCUCCCCCAGCAUCACAGCCAGCGCCCGAUGCGAAGACCAUCGCCAAGGAAGAGCCAAAACCAAUUACACCAUGGGAGAAGGCAGUUCGUGAAGUUUCAUUACUUGGAGGCGGAAUGACUGGUAUGCUUGCCCUUGGAGCCACAACAAGCGCUCAAUUCAUGAGCCAGUUCUACACGUUCGGUUUGGCUGGUCUGAUCGGAUACCGGGUGGUUUGGGGUGUCGCGCCUGCACUCCACAGCCCACUCAUGUCAGUGACGAAUGCCAUUUCGGGGAUGGUGGGUAUCGGGGGCCUGUUCCUCAUGGGUGGUGGCUACGUGCCACAGACCAUUCCGCAAGCGCUAGGCGCACUCUCCGUGCUCCUGGCAUCAGUCAAUGUAUCAGGUGGUUUCAUUAUCACCAGGCGAAUGCUGGACAUGUUCAAGAGACCCAGUGAUCCCCCGGAAUAUAUCUGGCUGUACGCUAUUCCAGGGCUCCUCUUCACUGGUGGCUUCAUCUGGGCUGCGAAUGAAGGAAUCGGAAGCUUGGUCGAAGCUGGCUACCUCACCAGCAGCAUACUCUGUAUUAGCUCAAUUUCGGGCCUCGCCUCCCAGGUAACUGCCAGACAAGGCAAUGCUCUUGGAAUGCUUGGAGUUGGAAUUGGAUUGCUGGCGUCCUUACUUGCCGCUGGCUUUGAGCCCGAAACACUUGCACAGGCUGCUGCUGUCGCUACUGUCGGCGGUGGGGUUGGGGCUGUGAUCGGACGCCGUAUUACUGCUGUAGAGCUCCCCCAGAUGGUUGCCGCAUUGCACUCCGUUGUCGGUUUAGCUGCUGUUUUUACUAGUGUCGCCAGUGUCUUUGCUCACCUUGAAGACACGAGCAGCUUGCAUUACGUAGCUGCCUACCUUGGUGUACUUAUUGGUGGUGUUACUUUCACUGGUUCUAUCGUCGCAUUCUUGAAGUUAGCGGCAAGAAUGUCCUCGAAGCCACUGCGGCUUCCAGGUCGUCAUGCCAUUAAUGCUGGUCUUCUUGGAGCCAAUGCGGCUACUAUGGGUGCUUUCCUAACGAUGGCGCCGGGGGUCCCUGCGAUUGGGGCCAUGUGCCUUCUAGGAAAUACCGCUCUCUCGUUCAUCAAAGGCUACACGUUGACGGCUGCCAUCGGCGGGGCUGAUAUGCCCGUGGUGAUUACUGUGCUCAAUGCUUACUCCGGUUUUGCUCUUGUGGCUGAGGGUUUCAUGCUCAACAAUCCGCUUCUUACGACGGUUGGAAGCCUCAUAGGCGUUAGCGGCUCGAUCCUAUCCUACAUCAUGUGCGUUGCAAUGAACCGUUCACUGGUGAAUGUUCUCUUUGGGGGUAUUGGCGCUCCAGCUGGUGGUACCGAGGGAUCAGAGCACAAAAUGGAAGGAACUGUUACGAAAGCGACCGUAGAUGACGCAGUUGAUGCGUUGGUUAAUGCCAACUCCGUCAUCAUUACUCCCGGUUAUGGAUUAGCUGUGGCGAAAGCGCAAUAUGACGUUUCUGAGAUAGCCCGGUUGUUGAGGAAGCGGGGCGUACAAGUUCGCUUUGGUGUGCACCCCGUGGCAGGACGCAUGCCAGGACAACUCAAUGUCCUGCUUGCCGAAGCGUCCGUACCGUAUGAUGUUGUUCUUGAGAUGGACGAGAUUAACGAUGAUUUUGGCGAUACGGAUGUCACUUUGGUAAUCGGCGCAAAUGACACAGUAAACCCCAUUGCUCUAAAGCCAGGCUCGCUGAUAUCGGGAAUGCCGGUUUUGCAUGCGUGGAACAGCAAGCAAGUUUUCGUAAUGAAACGCGGAAUGGCCAGUGGCUAUGCUGACGUUCCUAAUCCUAUGUUCUAUAUGCCCAAUACUCGCAUGCUCUUUGGAGAUGCGAAGACAACUUGUGAGGCAUUAAAGAAAGGGAUAGUAGAGAGAGGAUCAUAACUUCAUUCGUGUCUGUGCGAUAUCUAUCUUUUGCACAAAUUUGUAUUUCAGUCCAUCAAUCAAGGAAUUCUGUAGUACUUGGACUAUUAAUAGAGGCUGGUCACCUGC